AGCUGGAGGGAAAAGCUGCUGCCAAAGAGAUCCUUAGAUCCUUCCUUUGCUCUUCAGCCACUACCUGCCCCAUAUUGGGCAAAGAUUCUGGAUUCUGGGUACAUGGAUUUUGCAGAGAACGAGAGGGUGCAGCUGCAGGACAGGAGUGAGAGGCUGUACAGGCUCGGAGACCUGCAGGAGAGGACAGGGAAGCUGGCUGGCUCCAAACCAGAUUCAUCAGCCAGAAUGGGCCUCAGUGAAGAGGAAAAACUGAAGAUUUCCAAAGAGCUCAUUGAUCUCCAGAUCGAGACAAACAAAAUGAAGGAGCGGUAUGAGACGGAGAACUUCCAACUGAAAAAUAUGAUCCUGGCCCUGGAGAACCGCGUGCAGGAGCUGGAGCUCUGCAGUCAGAGAGUCACUGGGGAGCGGGAUGCCUUACGGGAACGCCUGCAGGCUCUGGAGACCAGUCGGAAGGAGCUGGCGGAUGAGUACAUCAUUUUGAAAAGCAAUUACCUGGCCCUAGGCAAAGAGCUGGACCAGGAGGUCGUGAAGAACGAAGAGCUCAGCCAAGAGCUGCUCAACCUGGCCAAUGCCAGGAGCAACCGUGGCCCCACCGUGGCUGAUGGAUCCUCUGCCCAGCUGGAAAGAGUGCAAGCAACGGCGCGUCGUCCCUCAGCUCGGGGAGGAAAGUUGCUUGGAAACCAGGAUCACAUAAAAGUGGAGCUUGAAAAAUUGAAGAAAACCUACGAUUCGCAGCAGCAGAAGCUGGAAGAGAGAGUGGUGGCGAUGGGGAAGGAGCUGCAGGAGGCGAUGGGAGCGAUCGGGGACACCCAGCGCAGGCUGGCGGAGCAGUCGGCGGUUCUGCUCACCUCCCAGAGCCAGCUCCAAGAGGUGGAGGCAGAGAAUUCCCAGCUGCAGCUCCGGCUGAAGCAGCUGAACGAGGAAUAUCGCUCCCGGCUCGCCCAGUACAUCAAGGACGUGGCGGACUACAUGGACAGCAAAACCAGCAAAGCCCCAGCUGAUCACGCUCCCAUGAAACGUUUCGUGGACAACAUGCUGAAGGACAUCAGGGCUUCCUACAAGUCUCGGGAAGAGCAGCUAGCUGGAGCAGCCCGUGGCUACAAGAAACGGAUGAAGAACUUGGUCAAGAAGCACGAGAACCUGCUGAUUGCUUAUGGGCUCCAGAGAGAGCAGAUCCGCUCCUCGGGCAGCAGCACUAUGGACUGUGGCCCUGCUGAGCUCCACUUCUCCAUCACGGACCCGGAGCUGCUGACAAACACAACCCGGGAGCUCAACCGGCUGCGGGAGGAGAAAGCAAAACUGGAGAUGCAGCUCCAUCAACUGCAGAAGAAAAGACCGAAAGAAACCUCUGCCUUUCCGCUGUCUCCUGAGCAGAGGCUGGAUGAGGAGGGCUGGGAGGAGGUCAGGAAGCAUCUCCGGGAGAUCGCACGCACCACCCAGGAGGAUUUGGAGCAGGAGAGGAGCCGGCUGCUGGCUCGGGCGGUGGUGGCAGAGGAGCAGGUGUCGGAGCUGCAGGAGUACAUCGACAAGCAUCUCGCGAGGUACAAGCAGGAGAUCCUCCGGCUGAGGAAACGCGCCGACAGCGAGGUCCCACGUGUGCUGAGUGCUGGGGCAGCCGACACUCCCUCCCCACCCAGAGCCAGGAGGACCAUCAGCCACCAGCCCUAG